AUUGUCUUCAUAAUUCAUUUGACUUUGCCAACUCUUGUGGCUGCCAAUCACUGAAUCAAACUUCUCUAACCACGUAAAGCUAGAUGUCCUUCUACUUGAUGGUCACCAUGAAAAGACAGACCAGUUGGGACAGUUGCAAGGAACACCAUUUGAGGGGACUGCACUUCAAAGGCAAACCGGGGUGGAGACUAGCACGUGGAAGACAUCCUCUUGCAACAUUUUUUCACCUUUUUUUCCGAGUGAGUGCAAUUGUAGCAUAUCUGUUUUGUGAUUGGUUCAGCAAAAGCUUUGUCACCUGUUUUGUCACAAUCAUUCUUCUUCUAUCCUUGGAUUUCUGGUCUGUAAAGAAUGUAACUGGAAGACUCUUGGUUGGUUUGCAAUGGAGGAACCAAAUUGAUGAAGAUGGGAAAAGUCAUUGGGUGUUUGAAGCAAAAAAGGUCACCUCCCAGAGUAAAGUACCUUUCACAGAAGCUGAAGCUCAGAUCUUCUGGCUGGGACUAAUUAUAUCGCCUCUGAUAUGGACUGUUUUUUUCUUUGGCACUUUAUUUUGCUUAAAACUGAAGUGGCUGGCUUUGGUAAUUGCUGGAAUUUCCCUUCAGGCUGCUAAUCUAUAUGGAUAUAUUCGAUGCAAACUAGAAGGCCAAACAGAUUUAAGCAAAUCAAAUUCAUUGUACCUGGAACAGCAACUCUUUCCAAGGAUGCCCUGAACAAAAAUGAAACCAGUGGGACAAGACCAUCUUCAAGACUGGGAGACAAUUGUAGAUGCUACACAACCUGCUCUGUUUGACUGCAAGAAAGACCAAAGGAUGAUAACAUACCUUAAAAAAUAUAUAUUGAUAAUUAAAACUACAUGGAAACAAGCACUGAUGUCCUGUGGGUUACAAACAUUUUGUUAAAAUCAUAGUGGGAUAUAAUAGUUUACACUCAUUAAACACUUAGAUUUUGUGUCAAAGACCAACCAUUAUGGACAAUUUGUCUGCUAACCCCAAAGUAAAAACCUUGGCCAAAGAUGUCAUUUAAAUGUUUUCCAGAAUUAUACCCUCAGUAACUUCAAAUCUGUUGCUAUGUAAUGUACUUUAACAAACUGAAUAGUGUUUUAAUAAGUGUGUAUUUAUUAUGAAUAAAAUACAUGAGUUAUUUAUAAAAAAAAGUAAAGUACCCUGCAUUUGCAACCUAGUCCUUUAUGUUUCAGUCCAGUAUAUUUCUGAAAUUUAACAAUCACUACGCAAGUUUGAAUCUGAUUUAUCAAAUACAGCAACAAUUCUAAUAACCUUAAUUCAGUUCACGGUAAAAAUCAGCGUUUGAACUGAAUGAUUCUCUAACUCAUAGCUGACUUUGCUAGAUGAAAGUAAUAAUAUGUGGUCACCUUCAAAGAAAAAAUUAAACAUAGCAGCAGCAAUACAGCAUCAUGGUUGGUCCAACCACCAGAAAAUGAACUGGAAGGGAGGGGUUCAUACCUGCGUAGACGUUUGCAGUGACUUACCGCCACUGUAACAGAGGACCACUGAGACGGGCAACUGCAGUACUGGAGAAUAAAUUACAAAUUUGGGUGUCGGUGGACAGACAAAUCACUGGAAGCCUGGACAACGCAUAAAUAACUGGGAGACAUUUGGACAAUGCGUAAAUAACUGGGAGACAUUUGGACAAUGCGUAAAUAACUGGGAGACAUUUGGACAACGUGUAAAUAACUGGGAGACAUUUGGACAACGUGUAAAUAACUGGGAGACAUUUGGGCAAUGCGUAAAUAAAUGUGUAAAUAACUGGGAGACAUUUGGACAAUGUGUAAAUAACUGGGAGACAUUUGGACAAUGUGUAAAUAACUGGGAGACAUUUAGACAAUGCGUAAAUAACUGGGAGACAUUUGGACAACGUGUAAAUAACUGGGAGACAUUUGGACAAUGCGUAAAUAACUGGGAGACAUUUAGACAAUGUGUAAAUAACUGGGAGACAUUUGGACAACGUGUAAAUAACUGGGAGACAUUUGGACAAUGCUUAAAUAACUGGGAGACAUUUGGACAAUGCGUAAAUAACUGGGAGACAUUUGGACAAUGCGUAAAUAACUGGGAGACAUUUGGACAAUGCUUAAAUAACUGGGAGACAUUUGGACAAUGUGUAAAUAACUGGGAGACAUUUGGACAAUGUGUAAAUAACUGGGAGACAUUUAGACAAUGCGUAAAUAACUGGGAGACAUUUGGACAACGUGUAAAUAACUGGGAGACAUUUGGACAAUGCUUAAAUAACUGGGAGACAUUUGGACAAUGCGUAAAUAACUGGGAGACAUUUGGACAAUGCGUAAAUAACUGGGAGACAUUUGGACAACGUGUAAAUAACUGGGAGACAUUUAGACAAUGCGUAAAUAACUGGGAGACAUUUGGACAACGCGUAAAUAACUGGGAGACAUUUGGACAAUGCGUAAAUAACUGGGAGACAUUUGGACAACGUGUAAAUAACUGGGAGACAUUUGGACAACGUGUAAAUAACUGGGAGACAUUUAGACAAUGCGUAAAUAACUGGGAGACAUUUGGACAACGUGUAAAUAACUGGGAGACAUUUGGACAACGUGUAAAUAACUGGGAGACAUUUGGACAACGCGUAAAUAACUGGGAGACAUUUGGACAAUGCGUAAAUAACUGGGAGACAUUUGGACAACGUGUAAAUAACUGGGAGACAUUUGGACAAUGCGUAAAUAACUGGGAGACAUUUGGACAACGUGUAAAUAACUGGGAGACAUUUGGACAACGUGUAAAUAACUGGGAGACAUAUCCCGACUUGCUGGGAAGACACUCAUUUUUGUUUUGCAAAUCUAUGAACAAUUCUCAAUGCAUUUGCAACAGAUGUGGCAUAUGUUAUGUUUGGUGUUUUGUUCUGUGAAAUAAAUGGAUGCUCUCAGUUGUAAAACAUGUCAACAUUUUAUGGAAAACUUGAGUGCAUUAAACAUAACGUGUUCAUUUUAGAA